CGGCGGAGCUGAGUCUUCCUGGGGCUGCCGCGCGCAGCAGGGCUCCGGCGGGGAGUAUGCUAGCAGACAGCGGAGCGCGAAGGGGCCCUCCAGCCCCUCCGGAGCCGGCGCGGACUCGCCUCCCCGAGCAGCAUCUGAGCGGGGGAGUCUGAGCCUCCCGCAGCGGCCUGGGCACAGCGGCGGAGGAAGAGGAGGCCGGGCCGAGCCGAGCGCUCGUUAUCGCGAUCAGCAUCAUGUCUCCAGGGAAGAGCCGGGCUCGUCGUCUUCCCGCUGCCAAUUGCCCCUUCAGAUGUGUUGGUGUCCCAAUUAAUGGAUUCUGACAUGGAUUAUGAAAGGCCAAACGUAGAAACCAUCAAGUGUGUUGUGGUUGGGGACAACGCAGUGGGCAAGACGAGGCUCAUUUGCGCCCGUGCAUGUAAUGCCACGUUGACUCAGUAUCAGCUUCUUGCUACCCACGUGCCCACGGUCUGGGCCAUUGAUCAGUACCGUGUUUGCCAGGAGGUACUGGAACGUUCCCGAGAUGUUGUAGAUGAUGUUAGUGUUUCCUUACGGCUCUGGGAUACCUUUGGGGACCACCACAAAGACAGGCGUUUUGCUUAUGGAAGAUCUGAUGUCGUAGUAUUAUGUUUCUCCAUUGCUAACCCAAAUUCCCUCCACCAUGUGAAGACCAUGUGGUAUCCUGAGAUUAAGCAUUUCUGUCCCAGAGCACCUGUCAUCUUGGUAGGCUGCCAACUUGAUCUUCGCUACGCUGACCUAGAAGCAGUAAAUCGAGCCAGGCGACCUUUAGCCAGGCCCAUCAAACCAAAUGAAAUUCUGCCUCCAGAGAAGGGACGAGAGGUAGCCAAAGAGUUGGGCAUCCCUUACUAUGAGACCAGUGUAGUAGCCCAAUUUGGCAUCAAGGAUGUCUUUGACAAUGCCAUCCGAGCUGCCCUCAUCUCCCGUCGGCAUCUCCAGUUCUGGAAAUCCCAUCUCCGUAACGUUCAAAGACCGUUGCUACAGGCACCUUUUUUGCCCCCCAAGCCACCCCCACCCAUCAUCAUUGUUCCUGAUCCUCCUUCCAACAACGAAGAGCGGCCAGCACACCUUCUGGAGGACCCUUUGUGUGCAGAUGUUAUCCUGGUGCUGCAAGAGAGAAUCAAAAUCUACGCGCACAAGAUCUACCUCUCCACCGCCUCCUCCAAGUUCUAUGACUUGUUCCUGAUGGACCUGAAUGAGGAGGACCAGCAGGAGAUGACGGGAAGCAGCACCAGGAUAGGUGCUGCGGAACGAACGCACCCUCAGGAACGGCAUCAUCAUGGGCGGGAAUUUCUCCUGAGGGCUGCUAGUUUUGACAUCUGUGAGAGUACUGAAGAAGCUGGCUCUAGCCAGCAAAAACCGUGCCUUAGAGCCUCCACCAGCGAUGGGAUAUUGCGGGGCAAGAACUAUGGGGAACGAGGGCUAAAGCGGGGCAGGAUCCUCUCCUCUUGGAGCCGUGCCUUUGUCAGCAUCCAGGAGGAGAUGGCCGAUGACCCCAUGACGUACAAGCCCCGGCCAAUGGUGGUAGUGAGGAUGGAUCCCUCCAUCCAGUUGGGACCAUUCAGGGCCGUGCUUAAAUAUCUUUACACCGGGGAGCUGGAUGAGAAUGAGAGAGACCUCAUGCAUAUCGCCCACAUUGCUGAACUGCUAGAAGUCUUUGACCUCAGGAUGAUGGUGGCUAACAUCCUCAAUAACGAGGCGUUCAUGAACCAGGAGAUCACCAAAGCCUUCCACGUCAGAAGAACCAAUCGAGUGAAAGAAUGUCUGGCCAAGGGAACUUUCUCUGAUGUCACUUUUAUACUGGAUGAUGGUGCUAUCAGUGCCCACAAGCCCUUGCUGAUCUCCAGUUGUGACUGGAUGGCUGCUAUGUUUGGGGGACCUUUCGUUGAGAGUUCAACUCAGGAGGUAGUGUUACCAUACACCAGUACGAGUUGCAUGCGAGCAGUGCUUGAGUACCUGUAUACUGGCCAGUUUUAUUCUUCUUCAGACCUUGAUUACAUGAAGCUCAUCAUCUUGGCCAACCGCCUCUGUCUGCCACACCUGGUUGCACUCACAGAACAGUUCACUGUGUCUGGUUUGAUGGAAGCAACACAGAUGUUAGUGGAUAUAGAUGGUGACGUCCUUGUGUUCCUGGAGCUGGCUCAGUUCCACGGUGCCUACCAGCUUGCCGCUUGGUGCCUCCACCAUAUCUGCACCAACUAUAACAAUAUCUGUCGCAAGUUUCCUCGCGAGAUGAAAGCAAUGUCAGCAGAAAAUCAGGACUACUUUGAGAAGCAUCGGUGGCCCCCAGUUUGGUACCUGAAGGAAGAGGAUCACUUUCAGAGGGCCAGGAAAGAGCGCGAGAAGGAAGACUACCUCCAUCAGAAACGGCAGCCGAAGAGACGGUGGCUCUUCUGGAAUGCCUCCUCCCCCUCAUCAGCCGCCACAGCUUCAUCCUCCUCCUCUUCCUCCUCCUCCUCUUCCUCUGCUGUGGUGUGAGGGUUGCACUGCCUAUACUUCCAUUGCUCUUUUAAGGAGUGAGCCUGCUGGUGUCCAGAAUUCCAAAGCCUUGGAGAGAUGCCACUGGCUGAAGCCCUCAGUGGAGAAAAUCAGCAUGAAUAUCCCUGGGAGGCUGGUGAGAAAAACCCAAACAGCAGCAGCUCAGGAGCCAGAGCGUCCAACAUCUCAUCCAGCAUUCCAGCGGUCUCAAUCCCUGCCUUGGCUAGCAAAG